GUAUCAUUGUGCUCUUGUUGAUCUCUUUUAUGGCGUCCAAAGAUGUGCCCGAGGCAGUGCUGCGGGAAUUUCAAGAACAGUUCGAUCGCCAACUUCUCUCCUAAACAUCAGCCAUGCAAACCCUAACCCAAACUGUGGAAAAGCUUCAGAGGCAGGUGGAGACGGUUUCCGCACGCGUUGACAAGUCGCCUCCCAGUUCCUCAGGUCUCCGUCACCAUGAUCAAGGUUCCGUCAUGUCCAAACUCAAGUUGGAUAUGCCUAAGACGAAUGGGACAGAUCCGAUUGGGUGGUUGUUCAAAGCUCACGAGUAUUUUACCUUCUACGGGGUGGCCGACGAAUUACGUCUCCCGGCAGUUUCUCUGAUGCUCGAAGGCGCCGCCUUGGAUUGGUUCCGUUGGCGUCAGCGCAAUCAUUCCUUAUCCUCUUGGCCGGAUUUUGUUACGAAAUUCAUGUUGAGGUUUGACCCUCUCAAUUAUGUUGAUUUUUUGGGGGUAUUGUCAAAGGUUCAACAGAUGGGGUCGGUUUUGGCAUAUCAAGAGGCUUUCGAGAAGGUUCUGGUGAACGUUACCAACGUCGAUGAGGCCCAUCUUCAAUCCUUAUUCCAUGCCGGGUUGAAGCCUCACUUACAACAUGACGUGAUGCUGCAUAAGCCGGAUUCUCUUUCCGCAUCUUUCGCUCUGGCUCGGGAAUUCGAGUUGAAACAUCAAGCGUGGACCGCUACUUUGUCCCACCGUCCAGUCCCAUUUCGGGAGUCUGGCGCAGCCAAGCCAUCUGGGGGUCCAUCGCAGGCACCUCUCCUGCCCACGCCUGGCCAUCGUUGUGGUCGGUUUUUAUUAUUGCUCGAGGAUGAGGAAGACACAGAGGACAGCGCCCCUCCCCCGGCCGAUGACACGGUGAUUUCGGCAGACGUGUCUUCCCUCCAUAGCCUCGCCGGAGUGUCUGCUCCACGGUCCCUACGGUUGUCCGGCAUGCUUUCGGAGGUCGUGGUGGAUGUGUUGAUUGACAGUGGGAGCACCCAUAAUUUUAUCCAGCCUUCAAUUGUGGAGAAGUUGCGCCUGUCCGUCCGGGAGGUUGCUCCAUUCCGGGUGUACGUUGGCAACGACGCGUCAUUGGUGUGCACUCAUCAGUGCUGUAACAUCGAUAUACUAUUGCAGGGUUUCUGUUUUACAGUGGACGUCUUUGUGCUUCCGAUUCACGGGCCGAAUAUGGUCUUGGGGGUUCAGUGGCUACGCCUCCUUGGUAAGGUUACCCAUGACUAUGAUAAAUUGACUAUGGAUUUUGUUUGGCAGGGCAGGCCGGUUACACUCCAGGGGGAUAGUUUGUCGCCGCGGCCGUUAUCGCUCCAUAAUUUCUACACCUUGAAUGCUGGUCAGGGCAUCGCCGAAUGUUAUGAAAUCAUGGUGACGCCUCAGCCCGGGGACUCCUUAGAGCAGGCCACUUGCUUUCCAGCGGAUUUACCCCCGGAGAUUUUGGCAGUGUUGCAGCAGCAUGGGGCCGUGUUUGCCCAGCCCUCCGGGUUACCCCCGCGACGCCUUCAUGAUCACCGGAUAUUUUUGCAGCAAGGUGUCAAACCCGUCAACGAGAGACAUAAGGGUACAAAUCUGGAUCAGCCAUACUUUCACGAAAACAUGUUGCGAUUGUAAUGCAUUCUUUAAAAAAUGUAUUUGUAGUUGGUUGGUAAACAUGGGAAAAAGUAAGAGUUGCGUUAUUAAAAACUUCUAAUACGGCAUUCAAUUUUUCAACAAUAACAAAUUCAAAAGGAUUAAUGAUUAUACGAAGUUCAUCCCUAAAAAAUUCAGCAAGUUCCUCUUUAUAUCUUAGGAUCUGUGCAAUCAAUUUGUAAGUACUAUUCCAUCUAAUGUUGAUAUCUCUGGCAAAACUUAUUUUUUUUACCCUUAGACUUACAGAACAUCU